AAAAUAAAUCAAACUUCUUCUCUCUAAUCAACAAAACAAAACAAAAGCUUUUCAUUUCAAACAAUACAAUACAAUGCAAGCGGUGAAAGAAACGGCGGCAAACAUCGCCGCAUCGGCACUAUCCGGAAUGGAGAAAACAAAAGCUGUGGUAGAAGAAAAGGUUGAGAAAAUAAGUACAAGCGAUCCAAUACAAAAAGACAUGGCCACCUUGAAAAAAGAAGACCGGAUCAGGCUGGCCGAGCUCCGAAAACAAGAGGCCUAUAACCAGAACGCUGCUGCCGCCAGUGGUGGUCCUGGUAGUCCCACCUUCACUGCAGCUGGUCAUGUUCACCCUGAAAAGAACCCCUUUCAUAAACCCGGUUCUGAGGUUAAGGGUGCGAAUAAAUCAUCGGUUGCGGUGUCGGUACAACCCAGCUAGGUUAUGAAUUAUGGUACAUGGUUUGCUUGGUGGAUGGAUUAAUAAUUGGUUUGGGACCAAUAUGAUAUGUAGAAUCUUUGUUGUAACGUGUUUUGCAUGAUGAAUUUGUUUGGG